GGGGCGGGGCGGAGCGGAGCGGGCCGUGCCGGGCGGCGGCCGCCUCGGAGCAUUUGGCGGCGGCUCCAGCCGCGGCGGAGGAGUGUUAAGAAUGAAGAAUCCUGAUGUUGCUGCAGUUACAGUGCACACGCCCUAAAGAGAAGGUAUUAGCACUCUGAGGUUGUGAGGUCUGCUGUGGAACAUCAUAGACUCCCACUUCCUUCAGUACCAGCUUCCAUGGUAAAAGAGUUUCCCAGUCUGCUAAAGGUGCGGUGGAUACACUACAAUGGACACAGAUGAUUUCCCUCCCCCACCACCAGAAGUUCUAGAGCAUGGACCGAAAGCCACAGGUCUGAAUGAUGAAGAGGAGGAUGAGGGAGAACAGUUUGACUUUGAUAGUGGAGAUGAGAUACCAGAAGCAGACAGGCAAGCCCUUGUGCCACCUAUUCCCGCUCCUGGAAAUAACAUAGAGCACCAAGAGGCUGGUGCUGCAGGAGCUGAUAAUUUAGAAAACAGUGAGAAGCCGCAAACAUCAGAACCUGCUGCAGAAGCCACUCUGGCCAAAGUAAAUCCCUACUCAGUCAUAAAUAUUUCCCCAAUCCAAGACAAGGAUCCAUCCUCAUCACCAGAACCAAGUCCUCAAGAUGAAUGUGCAAGUCCAAACUUGUCUGGUGGAUAUUCUGUUCCUGUCCCUUGUGGAUAUGCUGUGCCAUCCAACUUACCUUUGAUACUGCCAGCAUACUCCAGUCCUGUCAUCAUACGCAGUGUUUCUGUAGAUGAAGAAGGUACACAGUCAGCAACCGAAGAAUGUCAUUAUAAUUCUGUAAACUUGGAGGACCCUCAAAAUAGUGAAGAUAACCAGACCAAGAGAGAGGACGAUGCCCUGGCCAAAUGGGUUGCAGAUCCUGCAAAUACAGCAUGGAUGGAAAACCCGGAUGAGGUAAUUUACGAUGAUGUGCCAAGAGAAGAUUCAGACUCUGAACCAGAGGAAAUGAUUUAUGAUGAUGUUGAAAAUGGUGAUGAUGGUGGAAACAGCUCACUGGAAUAUGGGUGGAGCUCAAGUGAGUUUGAAAGCUAUGAAGAGCAGAGUGAUUCUGAGUGUAAAAAUGGAAUUCCCAGCUCCUUUUUGCGAGGCAACCACAAGAGACAUCUUUCUCAUGACCUAACGCGUUUAAAGGAGCAUUAUGAAAAAAAGAUGAAAGAUUUGAUGUCAAACACUGUGGGAGCAGUAGAGUUUCAGCAACUAAAGCAAAAACAUGAGCUGAAGAUGCAAAAGCUUAUGAGAGCUGCUAGAGAAGGUACCAAAGAUGGACUUGAAAAGACAAAAGCAGCUGUGAAGAAGGGUCGUUCCUUCAUUCGGACAAAAUCUUUCAUUUCUCAAGAUCACAGAUCAUCAUGUCUGGAAGAAGAAGAGCUAAAUUUAUUUAUUGAUGUGGACUGUAUGCAUACCGAAGCAAUUAUGACUCCUAUGCCUGAAGGAUUAUCACAGCAGCAGGUUGUGAGAAGGUAUAUUUUGGGCUCUGUAGUUGAUAGUGAGAAGAAUUACGUGGAUGCUCUCAAAAGAAUCCUGGAGCAAUAUGAGAAGCCCCUUUCAGAUAUGGAACCAAAAUUACUGAGUGAAAGAAAACUUAAAAUGGUCUUUUAUCGAAUUAAGGAAAUUCUUCAGUGCCAUUCAAUGUUUCAGAUUGCACUGGCGAGUCGUGUAUCUGAGUGGGACUCUGUUGAAAUGAUCGGUGAUGUCUUUGUUGCUUCAUUUUCUAAAUCUAUGGUAUUGGAUGCAUACAGUGAAUAUGUAAACAACUUCAGUACAGCAGUUGGGAUUCUCAAGAAAUCUUGUGCCACCAAACCUGCCUUUUUAGACUUCUUAAAGCAGUGUCAGGAGUCAAGCCCUGAUCGCAUUACACUGUAUGGUUUAAUGAUGAAACCUAUCCAGCGUUUUCCACAGUUCAUCCUACUAUUGCAGGAUAUGCUGAAGAACACUAAUAAAGGGCAUCCUGACAGAUUACCUCUACAGAUGGCUCUUACAGAACUUGAGACACUGGCAGAGAAGUUAAAUGAAAGGAAAAGGGAUGCAGAUCAGCGCUGUGAAAUAAAACAAAUAGCAAAAGCAAUGAAUGAACGUUACCUGAACAAGCUACUCAGCAGCGGAAACAGAUACCUCAUACGGACUGAUGAUAUGGUUGAGACCGUUUAUAACGACAAAGGAGAAAUUAUCAAAACCAAAGAACGGCGACUUUUCAUGUUAAAUGAUGUGCUGAUGUGUGCAACAGUAAAUAUUCGCUCUUCCUAUGAAAGCAGUGGCACCAUGACAACUGGCCAGAGGUACUUAUUGAAGUGGAGCGUACCGCUGGGACAAGUGGACGUCAUAGAGUAUGGCAGCAGUGAGGGCCAAGGAGAGAACUGCAGGUUCCCACCCCAGCACUCUGCUGAAAAUGUCAUCAUUAACUCUAAGCCAAACAAGCUCUAUAUGGGACCAGGGCAACUGUACCAUGAUCUGCAGAACCUUUUACAUGACUUGAAUGUACUUGGUCAAAUUAGUCAAUUAAUAAGCAGCCUUAAAGGAAACUACCAGAACUUGAACCAAUCUGUAGCCCAUGACUGGACCUCAGGUUUACAAAAACUGAUUUUGAAAAAAGAAGAUGAAAUCAGAGCAGCAGAUCGCUGUAGAAUUCAGCUGCAACUCCCGGGAAAACAGGAUAAGUCUGGGCGGCCAACUUUCUUUACAGCUGUGUUCAAUACAUUUACCCCUGCCAUCAAACAGUCUUGGAUCAACAAUUUACAAAUGGCCAAACUGGCCCUUGUGGAGGAUAAUCUGUUAGGUUGGUUCUGCAUAGAAGAUGAUGGGAAUCAAAUCAAAAAGGAGAAACAUCCUCUGCUUGUUAGACACAUGCCAGUGAUGAUGGCCAAGCAACAAGAAUUUAAGAUUGAAUGUGCUGCUUAUAAUCCUGAGCCAUACCUUGCCGGAGAAACAGAGUCAGAUUCCUGUGCUGCAGAACAUGGUUUUCUUUGGAUUGGCAGUUGUACUAAUCAGAUGGGGCAGAUUGCAAUAGUCUCAUUUCAAAGCUCCAGCCCCAAGGUUAUUGAGUGCUUCAAUGUGGAAUCACGGAUUCUCUGCAUGGUCUACAUACCAGAGGAGGAGAAGCUGAAAGAGCAAAACAAAGCUCCAGACUCUGAAAGUGUUCUUGCAAAAACUUCUAAUGUGCCUACUAUUUGCCUUGGCAUGGAAGAAGGAAGCAUUUCUAUUUACAAAAGUUGCCAAGGCUCAAAGAAAAUUCGACUUCAACACUUCUUCACUCCUGAAAAAUCAACGGUUAUGAGCUUAACAUAUAUGUCUCAAUACUUGUUUGCUGGCUUGGUAAAUGGAAACAUCUCAAUCUACACAAAAACAGAAGAUGGGACAUGGAACAUGGAACCUCAGAAGAUAGUUAAAUUGGGGGUUCUGCCUGUUAGAAGUCUGCUUGUGAUGGAGGAGACCAUUUGGGCUGCAUGUGGUGGACAAAUUUUUAUAAUCAGCGCUGUGACGCAUUCCAUAGAGAACCAUUUUGAAGCCCAUCAAGAGGAAGGGAUGGUAAUCUCUCACAUGGCUGUUGCUGGAGUGGGAGUCUGGAUUGCCUUCACAUCUGGAUCUACUCUUCGACUGUUCCACACGGAGACACUGAAACACCUCCAGGAUGUUAACAUUGCCACACCUGUUCACAAUAUGUUGCCAGGGCAGCAGCGUGUCUCUGUGACCAGCCUCCUGGUGUGCCAUGGUUUAUUGCUGGUUGGAACAAACCUGGGCAUAAUAGUAGCGUUACCGGUGCCACGCUUGCAGGGGAUUCCCAAAGUAACUGGAAGAGGAAUGGUGUCAUACCAUGCACACAAUAGCCCAGUCAAGUUUCUUGUAACAGCUACAUCUAUAAACAAGAAGAACAGAAACAAAUUGAGGAACAGCCUCCCUCCUGGCUCAGAACCUAAGGACGAUGACCAAAAGAACAUUCUGCACAGUGAAAGACCAGGCUCUUCCCUUAGUAACACCCAGGACACUGCAGUUUGGCUGGGGGAUUCAGUAGGGUCCAUUGCACAAAGAAGUGACUUGUCAUCAUCUUCUGGAUCCCUUACUUUGUCUCAUGGAUCAAGUUCCCUAGAACACAGACCAGAGGACAGUAACAUUUAUGAGCUUUUGAAGGAUCAAAAUAUCUCAUUUAAAAGUAAAAGACAGAAAUCUAAGAAAAUGAAAGCAAGUUCAGUAUUAGUAAUUUCUGGUGGCCAAGGACACAGAAGAGUAAACAAGAAGACCAAGCAGCAGCGACAAGAUGAACUAGUGUCUUCAGUAAUGGUCUGGCAAAUCCCACUAUUAAAUAUCUAACUGAACUAAAUCUAAGAUUGUUUUUGCUAUUAAAAAAGUGUGAUAUCCUUUUGUGGCUAAUACCAGCUUAGGACCCAAGCAGAUAGACGUUACACACCUGGGAGCUAUUUCAGUAGGCUUGGAUCACAGGAUUAAGGGUGCAGGUCUUCACAUACUUAGAACAUUCUGCAGUGUUGGAGUAUUGGAAAAUGUUUAGCUAUUGGUGCUGUCUUUGAUAUUUAGAAAAAAAGGAACUGCUAGGGACUUUUAAAUGGUUUUAGAAUCUCUUACCUUAUUUAUACGCACAUUUAUAAAUAUCAUAAUUAUGUUCUAUAGCACUUAGGGAAGGCAGGGAAGACAUUCCAUGUCUCAUGCUGGUUUCUGUUUACUUAAAUCAGUUGUUCCUACUUUUUCCAAAGUGACAUAUUGCAUGGAACAGUAGGUUUUAACAAAUUAGGAAAUAUUUUUAAAUAAUAAAUCAUAAGUAGCUAAUGUGAGCUAAUAUUAAUUUGGCAAGAACUAUAAUAGUUUAAAGCUUCGUUCCACAAACCAGAGUUGGACUAGAAGAAAACUGGCUAUAUUAAUUAAUCAGUAUUUGUUUAUUUCAACAUAGAACAUAGAUUUUUUUUAACUACUAGUUUCUAAUGCUCAGUGUUAUUAGAAAUGUUGCAGUACAAAAAGCAGUACAAAAGUACAAAUUUUCUUGGUAGGUACAAUGUGUCUGCGACUUGUUUUUGUUACAGAGAAAGUUGCAAGGAUGUGAUGGCUUCAGGCAAAUAGAAAAUACAGAUACAGGACAGCUGUGUAUUACAGUGCUGCUAACACAUCCUCCCUCUGCAAAUCAAUAUCAAAGCUAAACAUGGACUGUAACAUUUUUAAGGAGGCAUGCACAUGCAGUAAAUUAAUAAUGAAGUUAUUAAUUAAGUCAUUAAUUGGGAAGAUAUAUACUAAUAUAGGAAUAUCUAUAGAAAGUGCAGGUAAUCACUAGAGGUCAGCUGAGUUGUGCUGUGUCCCCAGACAAGCAUCUAUCAAAUAAUGUCACAGUGCAACAUCAGAGAUAUGGCGGGCACCUCUUUUCACCCAGUUUCAGCAAAGCACAGUCUGUAAAUGGGUGUUGGGAAAGUGGGGUGCAGAGCUUCAGUCCCUCAGAUGGGCAAGUUGUCACUUUAGUACUGUUAGAGGGAUGAAUUCUAAGUAGGGACCUAAUAAAUGUUUUAUUCAUGAAUUGAUGUAUUUCCAAAGGAAACUUUGAAUUUGGGAUUCCUACUGAAAUUGCCUGCUGCACUAAUCUCUGCACAUGUGAAAUAUAAGACAAAAGCUUCAGCUCAUAAAGACAUUGCCAGAAAUGGUGAUGAGACACAUCCUUCAGUCAAAAUCUGUUUACUACAGGUAACUUGAAUUGAGUCGCUGGGAAAAUUCUUUUCCCUUGUCAGUAGACUGAAAUACAGAGAAAUUAGUGUAAUUAAGUUUCAGUAACUAAUACUGUCCGUUAGUUCAGUAAAAUGCCAGUUAAGUAUAUCUGAAGUAGAUAGAAUGUUUGUCAGAUGUAUGCAUUGACUAGGAUCAAAUAAAACUUCUGGCUACUUUGGUACCAUUAUUAUCCCAGUAAAAGGGUGAUUUGCUCUGAAAUUGUUUCUGCUACUUCUAAUUCAAAGCCUUGAUUCCACCAUGUUUUGUUUCAAUCUGCCUGGUUUAAAUCACUAUCAACCAUAAUGGCAGUGUUUCCCAGCAUGUGCCAUUUCAAGGCAAACAGUGCUAGAGACUGAGGUAUUUUGUUGGAUAUAGCAGUAGGGUUGGGGUUUUUAAAAUGUUGCUGAAAUUUAUUUUCUUAAUUUUGCAGCAGAUUUGUGUGUGUCUUAAAUUUACAGUCUUGUCUGCUUUAAAAAGCAGACCUCUAUCAAGGUGGCCCCAAAAUCAGUGUGUAGGCUGACUGAGCAAGUUUGACAGAGCACUGGACUAAAGUCCCUGAUGCCUGACACCAAGUGAGUGGGACAGAGGGAAUGCUGGUGAAGGCAGUCUUUGCCUGCUAAGUGGCACCAAAAUAGGCAUUUCAAAAUCAGGUAUGCAUCCUGAUUCCAGAGGCUUUGUCCACAUCCUACAUUCCUGAUUAGAACAAGAUACUUGAGCCAUAAUAGCAUGGAUUUCAAUGAAUCACAAAGGAUACUUGUUAUAGAUGGGAUUGUAGGCUUAGGAUCUUCAUUACUGUUUUUUGCUUUUAUUCCAUGUCUUUUGCUGUGUGUCUUGCAACUUCAAUUGGGUAUUGUCAGUGUUGGCAUAGGCUUAGUGUUGGCUUGAGUCCUGGUAGGAAAAAAAAAAGAAAAAAAAGCAGAGUGCCUUUAAGCCAGGCAGCUGGCAACAUUUUCCCGAACUUUUUUUCUUCUCCCUGACCUACUGCCUAGGCUCCCCUGGCUUGAGAGAUCAAGGCCGGUUUCAUUUUCUAUACUCUUCCAUAGCUAUGGCCCUGGGAGCUGCUCUUUGCCCACUGUGUGGAAGUACUACAUUGUACAGUUUAAUGUAUGUAUAUUGAAAAACAAGUUAAAAGAUUCUUCUGUGUAUAAAGCAUAUAUAAUCUAGUAUCCCUUUGCUACACUGCAGCAAAAAGACCACAGGUUUUAUUUUGCAUGCUCCUUGGGCAUGGUAUUCCACAUCCCUGCCUUCAGGUCUGGAGAAUGGCAUCUACUCCCUCAUGGAUCCUGAUCACUAGGAGCAGAAAGCAGAGUCUACCACACACUCAACUGGAAAUCCAUGCAUGGUGUUAUUACAGGAUCCACUAGCAGUAAUUCAUGAGAGUUGUAAAGAGACAUUUAUCCUGUCUUUCAGCUGAAAUGUGAUUUUCUUCAGUUCCGUCAAUAAAACAGUAGAAACAAAGUACAAAUCUGCUCUUCUGAAAGUACAUUGGCCUUUUUCCAGUGAUUUCCGUAAGAACAGAAUGGGUUCCUCAUUAAAUUCUUCUAUUUUGAAAAUAACUAUCUUUAUCUUACUAAGCUGUAAAGCAAAAGAGAAGCUGUAUGUCUGACUUUAAAGAUACAUAUUGUCAUGAACUAGAUUUUAGUAACUAAGCACAAGGUGUGAUGUUUCUUUCUGACAUGCAACUUGCUGGUAUUACCUUACUAUGAAAACAGGCAGGAACCAAAGUUUCUCUUAGAGCUGGCAUGUAGUCCUUAUAGCUGUUGUAGACUGUGCUGCUAGGAGGUUGGAUUUUGCUUUCUGAUACUGCUUUUCUAGAUUAAUAGAAGUUAUGAAAACAAUAGGAAAAAAGGGGAGCAAAUGUAACCACUACAAGAUAUUCUAUAUAUGUUUUCUAACACAUAGUAGUGUCUUUUGUAACAUGAGCCAUAAAACUUGUGUAUUUAUGUUCAAAGUAUAAAUUGAGAAAAAUGUUUAAUAAAAAAUAUGAUAAAAAUUAA